CCGAAUGACUCUCAACGAUUUCAUGACACGAGUGUGUAUUGACUGCGAUAGCGAGCCUUUCCUAAGAGUUGAACAGUAAAGAUGGCAACACAGCAAGAUUUGCAAGAUCUCCUUCGGCUGCUCACAGUCGGGCGCAAAAUUCCCAUGAUGCAGGCCAUGACGCAGAUCAAGGCCCUCCAGGCUGCCGACUUGAGAAGCAUCACACAAAUAGCAGAGGCUCCCCUAGCCUCGGUGCAGACGGCACUCAAGGACGACAAGGGAGCCAGGGCACUGCAGAAUGCCUGCAAGGCUGCCAUCAAGCGCGGCCUAUCCGGCCCCAACAAGCGCCAGCCUCCGGAUAUAGCCGCCUCCCAGGCCAAGCGAACCAAGACCGACCUGUUCUUGACAGGCCCUAUGGAGAUGACGCCACAGGAGCUGGAGAAGUCGCUCGAGCUGCCGCUGUGCAUGGACGAGGAGCGCAUGUCUCGGACGGUAAUAGAGACAAACAGGGCGCCGCUGGUCCUUGCCUUUGCUGUGGAGCUCUUGCGGUAUACCAUGCCUGAGCAGCCGCUAUCGAGCCGGCUGAGUUUGGGUCAAGCAGUUGUCAGCGCCAACUCGAGGUCGAAAGCCGUCAGUCUCGGCCUGGACAAGGGACCAAGUGCGGACGAGGAAGGAUGGGGCGAGGGACAGCCGCGGGUGAAGGUGAUGGGAAGAGACAUUGCCGUGCUCAAGCGGGGAGGGUACGAAUGGAAGGGGGAGGAGGAAGUCGGUGAACAGACAGCUGGAUCGGCAGAGGAAGGGAGUUCUGUCCCCAAAACCCAAGCAGAAACCGAAACGCAGACCUCGUCCGCGACCGCCACUCUCGAACCGACCCUCGAAUCCGCCUGGGCCACCUGGGCAGUCAGCGAACCCAUCACCCUGAAAGACUCAACCUUCAUCGCCCGCGCCACACACGUCAGCAACCCAUCACAACGCAAAAUACUCCUCCAAUCCCUCCUCGACUCCGUCCCGAGCCUCAAAACCGCCACCCAUAAUGCCUGGGCCUACCGCCUACGCUACCCACACGACGCAGCCUCCACCAGCUUUGUCCGGGAAGACUCCUUUGACGACGGCGAGACGGGCGCCGGCGACCUCAUCCUCCGCAUUAUGCGCGAGUCGAGCACCGUCGACACGCUCGUCGUGCUGACCCGUUGGUUCGGCGGGACGCUGCUGGGCCCGGACCGGUGGCGGCUGAUGCGCCGGUGCGUCGCGUCGGUCCUGAGCGAGCGGCUGCGCAAGACGGGGGCGCAGGUCUCGCUCGGGGGGGAGGCGCUGUGGGGCCUGGACUUGGAGACCAUGAGGGCUAAAAAAACGGCUACGGUUACCUCGGGGGGGUAUGGCAGUGGGAGUAGGGUGCAGCUUGGGACCGAAGUGAUGGGGAUGCAGAUUCAUCGGCCGGAGGGGGCGAGAGGGUAUUUGUUGAGGAGUUUUGGGAGUGUGGAGGGGCAGGGGACCACUACUGCUACGGCCUCGGAGAAGAGUCCGAGGAAGGGGAAGACGCAGAAGGCGAUGGAGGCAGAAAAGGAAGAGAAUUUGGGGUUGUUGCUUGGGGCGCUGAGGAUCGUGUUUGACAGUUGGGCUGACCACCUCGACGCGGUUGAACUGGACAGACGGGCAUGGGGAUGGUACCUUGCGGUGAGACCCGACGUGGAGAGUGGGCAGGCUGGCUGGGGUGCCAAGGGGAAGGUGAAGUUGAGUGAUAUAUUGAAGUUGAGGAGGCCGCCGGGGAAAUGAGCAAGUAUCAUUGAAGUGGUCGUAUGGUUGGCGGAUUAUUGGCUGGUUGGCUUGUUGUCGCACCUCAAUGGAAGAACUGUGUAGCCAUGAUAAGCCAGCCAGCUGGUUGCUUCUUCCAUUUGAAUGAAGAUAUCCGGCCAUCCAGACGAUUCCAGAGUCCCA